ACAUUAUAGACACUUACCACACUACUCCUUGUAGUUGUAGCAGAGACACCAUACACGAUACGCAGAGAGAGAUACUUGAUCUUCUUCAACAAGCCAAAAUAAUGAAAAAGAGAAGCUGAAAGAUUCAAGAAGAAGAUUCAAAGGAAAGAAAGUUGCUUCUCUUCAAAGCUACUCUGUAUAUUGUAAUCUUUUGAUGCUGAUAGUUUCGCCAUUAAAGCUUUCACGCCAUUUCCCACGAGAAAUCGGUACACUUGUUCUCUCACGGAAAAGCUUUCUUCUUACCUCAAAAGCUCACUCUUUUCUCCUAUAUAUAACCCUUCAUUUUCUACUUUCUUCUUCGCUGCAAAAUGGAAAUACCAAAGCAGAAGCUUAGAGCUAUAGUAUCUUACGUUUUCUUAGCUAUCUUUCUUCUACAAUGUAAAUUCUUCUCUGUGCAUGCAAUUUUGGACCCUAUUGAUUUUUUGGCUUUGCAAUCUAUUAGAAAGGCAUUAGAUGAUAUGCCAGGCUCCAACUUCUUUGCGUCAUGGGAUUUUACUUCCGAUCCUUGUAAUUUUGCCGGUGUUUAUUGUGAGGCUGAUAAAGUUAUUGCUCUUAAUCUCGGUGACCCCAGAGCUGGUUCUCCUGGUCUAACCGGCCGGCUUGACCCUGCUAUUGGAAAGCUCUCUGCUUUGGCUGAGUUCUCUGUUGUACCGGGCCGGAUCAUUGGUACUUUGCCGCAGUCUCUCUCCCAAUUGAAAGACCUCCGAUUUCUCGCUGUCAGCCGAAAUUUCCUCUCAGGCGAGAUUCCGGCCACUUUAGGUCAGUUACUUAAUCUCAGAACACUUGAUCUCAGUUACAAUCAGCUCACAGGAAGUAUUCCUACCUCUAUUGGUACUAUACCGACACUGUCCAACGUUAUUCUCUGCCACAAUCGUCUCUCCGGUGCAGUCCCUCCGUUUCUCUCCCAGUCAUUAACUCGGCUCGAUUUGAAACACAACGCUCUCUCCGGUUCGCUUGCACCAUCUUCACUUCCUCCUUCGAUUCAAUACCUCUCUCUUUCAUGGAACCGGCUCACUGGACCCGUGGACCGGUUACUGAAUCGACUGGAGCAGCUAAACUACGUGGACUUGAGCAUGAACCAAUUCAGCGGCUCCAUUCCGGCUCGGGUAUUCACAUUUCCAAUAACUAAUCUUCAGUUGCAGAGAAAUCUAUUCUCGGGUCCGGUUCAACCGCCUGAUCAAGUGACAAUAGCGACCGUUGAUCUUAGUUACAACAGAUUAUCGGGUCAAAUAUCUCCCAUGUUCUCCAGCGUACAAAAUUUGUACCUGAACAAUAACCGGUUUACGGGUCAGGUGCCAGGAAGUUUCGUGGACCGUUUAUUGGCCGCGAGUAUACAAAUAUUGUACUUGCAGCACAAUUAUCUAACCGGUAUUCAGAUCAAUCCAGCGGCUGAGAUUCCAGUGAGCAGCUCAUUGUGUUUGCAAUAUAAUUGUAUGGUCCCGCCCGUACAGACACCGUGCCCGUUGAAGGCCGGAAAGCAGAAGACUAGGCCUACAGCCCAAUGCAGCGAGUGGAAAGGGUAAAGUUGGAAAUAUGGGUUAUAUGUGAGGGCAAGAUGAUACGAAUAUAUUCAUAUUUUGGGUGCUUUUAAGAAAAAAAAAUUAUUUUUGCGGGUAAUUUUCCUAUUUUAUUGAUUUAUUUUUUUAAAGUGAAAUUUUUAGGGUAAAAAUGAUAAAUAAUGAAGAUUUGUGGAUACUUUGACGAGAAAUUGUAUCUAUUUAUGGGAUUUGGGAUUUCAAUGUCAUUCUUAAUUAAUAUAUAGGAAUUAAUUUUUGUUCAAGAAUAUUUUAAUUUUGAUUUUGAUUUAUUGAACUAUUAUUAAUAUUUUGGUACUAUGUAAAUAUUGUACUAGAUUUCUCGUUAAUGUACAUCUUAGAAAUAAA